CAAUUCAUGUAAAAAUUCAAGCAAAAAUUAAAGUAUUCAGUGAGUAUAAAAAUGUAGUCGAAAUUUGUAAAAUUCAUCAUCAUCUGCUUGAAGCUCAAAGUAGAAUCAAGUCAAUAUAAAUCCUUAAAAAACCAAAAAUUUUAAAAUCAUGAAAUUGGUUUUUGUUAUUGCUGCAAUCUUCAUCAUUGGAACUAAUGCAGGAUCUCCAAGCUUUACUCCAAUGUCUUCAUCAAUUCCAUCGAUUGCACCACCACAAUCUUGUGCUGAUAUCAAGUCGCUCAUUGAACAAUUAAGUGCUGAUAUUCGUGAACUUCUAAAACAACAAGUUUUGCUUCAUCCAAGAUUACUCGAUCUUAAUGAUAUAGCUAAUGGAAACUUCUUGCUUAACAUUCUCAGCAACAUCUUGUCAGGAAACGAAAUUUUGACUUUUGAUAACAUUUUGUUGCAUUCCAUCCUCAGCCCAAACAUUGUUAUAGGAAAAACUGACUUUGGAUUCGACAUCAAUUCCACUUGGGGAUGCUUGAUUGAUAUCUUCUCAGCUUGA